GCAUAAACCAGCUAAACGUGAACAAAAUUAUUCAGCAAAAAUGAACUGUAAACUAUUAGAAGAACUAUCCACAGAAGAUUUGAAACAUGUGCAAUUGGGAACGUUACUUGGAGAAGGCAGCGGUGGAAAAGUCUAUAAGGCAGAUCUGCGUGGUUCUGUAUUGGCAGUGAAGACGAUUGAAUGUUACGAUGAAAAAUGCCAAAUAAAUAUUGAUAGAGAAGUGAAUGGACUUAAGAAAUGUAUUCAUGAGAAUAUUAUAAAAAUGCUUGGUCUUAAAAAAGAUGGCUUAACUUCACUGAUUAUGAUGGAAUUUGCUGAAUGUGGAUCGCUCAACGACUAUUUGUUUCCCAUGAAAGGCCCACGUCAGGAAUAUUCUGAAUCGACCGCAGUCGAUUGGAUGCAGCAAUUGGCCAAGGGGGUUGCUUACCUGCAUAGCAGGAAGAAGCCAGUGAUUCAUCGGGAUCUGAAACCAGCCAAUCUGUUACUUACACAAAACUAUAAAGUCUUGAAAAUAAGCGACUUUGGGUGUGUUCGUGAACAGACCGCUUCGAUGACAACUGAAGUUGGCACUGUCGAAUAUAUGGACCCAGAGAUGGCGAAAACCUCUCAUUACAAAGCAAGUGUUGAUGUUUACAGUUGUGGCAUUGUGUUCUGGACGAUAAAAACUAGAAAGAUCCCUUUCAGUCAUUUGAAUAACCCUACCAAUGAAAUUAGUAUUUUAAGAAAGGCUUUAAAAGGCGAACGUCCUCCUAUCGACGAUGUAAGUUCGGAUAGCUUAAAAUCUUUGAUUUCACUGUGCUGGCAUGCAGACCCACAGAAACGAUAUUCCAUGGAAAAAGUUGUCAUCGAACUGAACAAAAUUGCAGCUGAUUUAUAAUUUUAUAUGAAGUACUAAAUACUGUUUCACAUCGCAGCCGCAACAUUACAAUGAUUUACAAGGCUAAUAUUCCAAAAUAAAUAAU